CAUAUGGUUAUUUUUUGCUGGCGGGAAGCUUUCGUUGAUUUAUAAAAGUAGUGAAUUUAUUUUAAUUUCAUGCCGUGUAUUUAAUAAAUUGGCUUAAAACAUGGAUAGAUCUCUGCAACAGCUUUACACUUCAAUGCCGCGCAACUCUGUGGCGGGUCGAAUACGACCUCAGGCUACCACGAGUAGACCAGCAUCACCACUAAUAAAAAAGACCGGCAUCAGUCAAGGCCGUUUCAGCCUGUCGGCUCGUUCAAAUCCGUCAAUUAUUGGAAUUCGUUCCGAGUUCAAUAUGGUUGAGAGUUUUGGUUUUCAACUACCCGUUUUGGUUAAUGAGGCUCUUACCUUUAAUGAAAAAAAUCAAAAUGUUUCAGUACGCUGUGCCACGAAUGGUUGGGCUUGGAUUGUGCAUGGUCGCCGUUUACUUAUUUGGCAAUAUAAGGAUACUAAACGCACUGGUGAUAGCACAUCGCCACGCACCCAUAAGGAAUUGGUACGCGCACAACAACGUCGAGGAACUGCUAUGGCCCAAUGUCGCGAAUUAACUUUACCACACUGCGAUAUUGGUCAUAAGGCUAGUUUGGUUAGUGUUUUUAUGGGCGAAGGACAACAAAUGGCAUCGUGCGUAGCAGUUUCUCCCACCGGCGAUGUACGUUACUGGCCAUCAAUUGCACAUGACAGCUCAUCUGUUGAUGUGAGCGGAAUUUUGGAUGGUCAGGAAUUUGAUCAAAUGCUCAAUAUGCCACACCAACUAGGUUAUUUGUUAGUAACCACUACUUGCAAUUUAGUGUUGUUGCAAUUGCAAUUGGUCAAUGGUAGGCAUGUGCUACAACAUAAAACCAUACGUCAACCCGCUGGAUUCCUAGGUGGCAUAAGCAAGAAAUUCUCAAUUAUAAUGGGUAUGAACAGUGGCAGUGACAAAGAGAAUAAAUUUGUAGGUAUUGCUUGCGACGGCGGUGCGAGUGGAGAAGUGUUUGUUACCGUGCUGGCAGAUCGUUGGUUUCAGCGCUGGCGCUUAGCAAAUGGCGGCGCCGUCGAGCUGCUGUUGUAUGAAGAUAGCGAGAUUAUUCGCAAAAUACGCGAUGAAUUCCAACACAAAUUCUGGAACGUGCGUGAUAAUCUCGAUAUAAACUUACAUCUUCUGGAUAUGCAUAUUAAUAAUGGUAAAAUUUAUGUGCUCGGUGGUGCGGUGAACACUGCACAUGCUCCACAAAUUCACUACGGCGUUGCGAUUAUUACAUCGGAAGCUGAGGCAAUGAAGCUACACAGUUUCAUACCACUCAAACUGGCUCAAUUUUAUAAUCUUGGCACCGAAAAGGAGUGUCACAAUUUACAUUUUAUCGUGACAAAUACUCACCUCUUUUUCUAUACGGAUAAGAAUAUUUAUCCCUUAAACUUAUCCAAUCCGGCCAUAGCUGAAAUGGAGGCUGAGAAGAUUGAAUUUCAUUUACAAGAUGAUCGUAUAUUAAAUGCAGCAAUCUGCGGACAACUGCCGCUAUUCUUUAGCCGCACUCAUGGUUUAGUGUGUGUAACACCUGGCGAUUUUGACACCAUAGAAUUUAUGAAUUCCUCCUUUACAUUGGGACCGAGCGUCAAUACAGCCGGCGAUAUAAACAAUUUGUCAACGUUGGGUGUCGAUCAAAGUGCAUUGUAUAAUAGCCAGAUUAAUGAGAGCAAUUUAUAUAUGUUUGAUUUGGAUCCCGAUGCCAUGUAUAAUGAGUUUAAGGACGAAGUUAGUCAGUUGAAGGCAGCAUUUAUCUAUCGCCUCAAGCACAACAAUAAUAUGUGUAAUACAAUAUUGAAUGAUUUAUUGCGUAACAUGUCGGAAAAUCAGACAUCAAGCACGGCAGCAGCCAAUGCCAACCAAUUGGACAGAAUCGUUAUAACGAUUGCUGAAGAUUUGGCCGAAGAUUUGCCAGCAGCCGAUCCGCGCUGGGAGCAAUUAUGGACAGAAGCUGGACAUAGCAACAAACAUGCGCUGGGUAGCUCAUCGUCUUUGCAAAUUCUUACGCAACUUAAGGAGAAAAGUCUAGCGCUGCGGCAUUUUGUGGAAUUUCUGCACAGCCCCGGUAUAUGGGAGAAGCUUGAUGCUGUGCCGAGUGGUGGUGGCAGCGUAUUGAAACCUACUUCCUAUAUUUUAGCUGACAUUAGUGAGAAGCUCGUUGCCGCUAUCGCUUUAAGGAGCAUACAAAGCAAAUAUAGCAAGAUUAUCGACGAGGCCAUAAAUCGUGUCGUUUCGACUUGGCAAGAAAAUCCUUAUGGCAAUUUGACCGCGCAAGAUAUAUUCUAUGUGCGCAUAUGCAAGUUUCAAGAAAUUUUCCAAGCAUUUUCGGACAUAGCUGAUAAUCGCAUUGAGUCCCAACAACAGACCACCACAUUGGCGAUGCUCAUAAGUGACAUAAAUACCAUCAUCUUGCAUAUUAUAGCCGAGAUCAAGAGUAGUCGUGAGCAUAACGGCUCACUGUACACGCUGCCACAGGAAAAAGCGAAUGUGCACGAAUACUUACCGUGGACCGCCAUGUCGGGUAGUGUGGGCAUGCGGGACACCUUAUCGCAUCUUGUCGACAUUUCGGUGCGUUACGGCGCGCAUUGCACCAACGAACCAGAGCUGAAGCAACGUUUGUACAGGCAAAUAUACGAGAUGAUCGAAGCUAUAUUGGAUGGCCGCAAGCAUUAUCUGGAAAGUGUGCACGAUUCGGAGAAGUAUAAUGUGUUGUUGCAACAGUUCGAAUCACAACGCAGAGAAUUAAUCUCCAUUUUGAUUGAUGACGAACAGUAUGAAUAUGCCGCAAAGUUAGCCGAAAAAUAUCUGGACUUCCAAAGUUUGGUAAUCAUUUGUGAUGAAACGAAAAAUCAAGAUCGCCUCGAUGGUUAUAUAAAAAGGUUCGAAGAAUAUGACUUUUCGCAGUUUGCAAUCAAUUGGCAUUUGCGGCAAAAUCGUCAAGGUGAAGUGUUCGAACGUUUCAAGGGCAAUCAGGCGGCGCUCUCACAAUUUAUGCGCGAUCAUCCCACAUUAGCCUGGAUACAAUUGGUGUUCAAUGGCGAUUUUGAGCGCGCCGCGAAGAUUUUGCUGCAACUGGCGCAAAACGAAACAGAAUUCGUACAAAGAAAGAAGUCCAUGCUAUCGCUGGCUAAAUUAGCUGCCUUCGCUUCAGCGGACUCGGACUUAGGCAUACAAUUGGAGAGUAUUAAUGCCGAAUUGAACAUAAUUGAUUAUCAGGAGCAACUAAGUGAAGCUUUAAUGCAGAAUUUCGGUUACGAUGUGGAGAAUCCCAAAGUGCUCAAAGUGGAAGAGAUCAUAAAUCUUUUUAUAUCUGAAGAAAACGAAAAUGUAAAUGAAUUCGAAUUUCGUAAAGCUCUGGAGCUACUCAACUACAUAGACGAGCCGUAUGAUGUGCGGCAUAAAAUAUGGUCGGCGGCGAUUUUGCGUGAUAACUGGACCGCUUACGAUGCGAACAAUGCUGUGGACUAUCUGCAGAAUUUAAUUUUCUUCAAAUUAGUCGAAGUUUGCCAUUUAAUGGAUGGCGAUUGCGAGACUUUUCUGCCACCGAUGGAGGAUUUCCUGAAUAGUCCUGAACUAGGCGAUUUGGUGCACAACACAUCGUUUCAAUAUCUUUUCAAAUUAACUUAUGAAUAUAUAGCCGAUGCAUUUAAAAAGCCAAUUGAGACAAGCAUGGAGUUGUGAACAGUGUGUUAGCGUUUAGUGUUUAUGAAAUAACUUAAAUGUCUUUUUUGUAUUGGUGAAUAAAUGUUUUUAUAAGA